AUGCAGUCGCCGGCGUACAACACCAUCGCCACGCCCGAUUCGCGCACUCGCGCAAAGGUGCGCAUGGAGCCCGUCACAUCUCCAUCACGUCCCUCAGGCUCAUCGGCACACACAUCGUCGUCAUCGCUGCUUGGCUUUCCGAUUCCGACAGACUUGCUGCUCGGGCUGUUGCUCAACAAGACGCUUCUAGCAUCGGCAGCACUGUUGGUACGCGCAUGGCUCGCAUCUUCACACAGCGAAUCAAUACACUUGCAGUUCUCCCUCGACGAUGCAGACUCGACGAGACCGAGGAGCACCAUCUCGAGCAGUGCCAGCUCGUGGGCAAUUGCCACAUCCGCCUUUUUCAUCGCAGCAUCACUCCAGGCCGUGUGGUUUAAGGCAUGGCAGUGGCUGCCAGCAGUCAAGAGGGUCGACAAGCGCAGACUCUGCGCCUUGGCUGCCAUCUCCUUUGCGCAGCUUCUCGUCUGGCUCAUGGCCUUGCACAAGCUCGAUGCCGUCAACGUCAUCAUCUUCACCCAGUACUGCGAGAUCUGGGCUGUAGACCUCGCCAGAAGCCUUCGGGGUCGCAGCUACGGCGGAUACACAACGCUCUUUGCUCUCGCCAUCUCCUUCCUUUCCUCCAUCUUGAACGCCGGCGCGCCACUGGCUGCAAAUGACAGCUUCUCGAGUCAGCUUCUCGAAAUGUACGCAGACAACGAUUUGCCCGACAGCCUCCGAAGGAACAGACCCGCUGAUCUGGCGUCGCCCUCUCAGCUUCGAGCUGCCUCCGCGGCGGUGGAUGUGUCGGUCGCCAACUUCAGCGUCUUUGGCACGCUUACCGGCCAUGCUUAUCUCCUCAUCUUUGCUCUGCUCACGAUCGAAAGGGAAAGUGCGCUGCUCAGUGCCAGCAGAGACACAGGUGGUCGACGCAAAGCAGGAAUCGUGGCCACCAUCGUAGCUUCCGCCUUCACCUUGCCGGCAUCGCUUCUCUUCCACUUGCUGGGAUUCUCGACCCUCCCAGCCCUGUCAUCGCUUGUUUCAUCAUCUUCAGGCGGAAGCUCUGGCUCUUCGACUUUCAACCAUCUACCAGCAUACCUUGCCAUCAGCUUUGGAUUCUUGAUCCUCGAGCCUCUUGUCAGCACCUCGAUCGAAUCGCACGCUUCCACCAAAGAUCGCGUCGCACAUGGCUGGCCCAUCGCUGUCCUUGCUUCUUUCGGAAUCGGCUUCGUUGGAUUUGGCCUUAAGCCGCAAUGGUCGCAGAUCAUCGUGGCUCUCCUCGUCGGACAAGCACUGCGCACCGUUCUGAAACACUCGCCAGAUCACGUCUCAUCUCGCUUCGCUUCCUCUUCACCGAGCAAAGGAGACGUAGCACAGAGCGGUGGUGCGUCCACGAAGUCGUCCGACAUCUCCGCUGUGCAGGAGCUCGUCGACUCUUUCCGCUCUGGUGCAGCUGCCACGCGACGCACGAUCAAGAUCAUCCUCGCCAACCCGGACUCGCGCAAGAUCUUCCAGUUCCUCAUGCUCAACCUGGCCUUCAUGGGCGUGCAGCUUCUGUGGGGAGUAUGGACCAACAGCUUGGGUCUCAUCAGCGACGCGAUCCACAUGUUUUUCGACUGCGCCGCCAUCGGCAUGGGUCUGUUUGCCAGUGUCAUGGCGACUUGGCCCACCGAUUCGACGUUUACGUAUGGAUACGGUCGAGUCGAGACGCUCAGUGGAUUCGCCAACGGCAUCUUUCUGAUCCUCAUCUCGGUCUUUAUCGUGUUCGAGGCGGUGCAGCGCAUCAUCGAGCCGCCGGUGAUGAACAACAACACGCAGCUGCUCAUUGUCAGUAGCAUGGGACUCGGCGUUAAUCUUUUCGGCAUGUGGGCCACGGGUGGGCAUCACCACCACGGUCAUUCGCAUGGGCAUGGACACGAUCAUGGUCACGGACACGGGCACGAUCACGGACACGGCCAUUCGCACAACAUGAUGGGUGUCUACCUUCACGUCAUGGCCGAUACGCUGGGCUCUGUGGGUGUCAUCAUCAGCACGCUGCUCAUCGGGCAGUUCGGAUGGACCGGGUUCGAUCCGAUCGCCUCUCUCUUUAUCGCGUUCAUGAUCGUCGGCUCGGUGAUUCCACUCGUGCUCGAGUCGGGGCGAAUCCUCUGCCUCGAGGUAGGAGCGCAUCGAGAAACCGAGAUGACCGAGGCGUUAGACUCACUUCGCAGCAUCGACGGCGUUGUCUCGUAUCACUCGCCGCGCUUCUGGCCGAAGGAUGCAGAGACACUGAUCGGCGUCAUCCGUGUGCAGAUUUCAUGGCCUGUCACCGGCUCUACAGCGUACGAUGACGGCCAUCAGCAAGCACACGAGCACCCUCAUGGCGACAGCCGUGGCCACAAUCACGAGCAUAGUCACGACCAUGGCCACCAUCAUGGUCACAGUCGUGGUCACACCAGUGAGGAUAGUGGUGCAGUAUCAAAAGGUGACUCGGCCACAGUGACGCCAGAAGCGAUAGCAAAGAAGGUGGAGAAUAUGCUAAAAUCGCGCAUUCACGGCCUCGAAAGUGUAGCGGUGCAGCUGGAGAAGGUCGGCGCCGGAAUUGGUGUGUCGCCCAACGGUGCGUUUGCAAGCACGCCCAUGUCAGCCUCGCCUUCGUACAGUAGCACGUACGACGGCAGUCCGACCGCUUCACGGAGGACCAGCGAGGUGCAGGGUCUAUCCCCUGCUGUAGCGCAUCGUCAUCAUCAUCAGCAUUGA